GUGGUUGCGCGUUCCCGAUGUGUGGAUUCAACGAGAGCAGAUCUGCAGGAACCGCAGCGCCGAGGACCGCCCGAACCGCUCGGGGCUCCUCACACAGAAAAGGGGGGAGUCUGCAAACCCGUUCUGGUUAUCAUGGUGCAAUGUGGGCUCAGCGAGUCUUUCAAACAUUGCUGGAAACACAGAGAGAAGAGAUGAAGAAGUGAUGAAAGGGGAGGAUGGACUGUAACCCUCAGAGGACCUGUAGGUGGCUGGUGGACUGGUUUUUGACUUGGUUUAGAGAUGGACCGAGGGGAAGCUGCUUUUGACCAUCGGAGCAUCCAAAGCUAGGGAGAAACCACAUGUUGGUUGUUAAAGUGUCUUUAAAGGCACAUUCUCAAACCGUAUAAGAAAAAAAAAUGUGUGGACUGGAAAUUUUGAGGAUUCAUACAAAGAACUCUGGAAGUGGCGUAUGAAUUUGGACAUCCAGUUUGCGGUUUAGACGGUCUGGCUUUCUCCCUUUACUUGCAUAUAGCAUUGGCCAUCAAGUAACUGUGGCGAUGAUGGUAGUGUCAUAAGACGGUGGAAAUAUGUGGGUCGUUAAAAUGCAAACACCUGUUGGAGAAGAAUGUGCCAAAGACAGGCAUUCAAAAAGCAAAACCAUUGUCUGCAGACAAUACAGUCCUGUUUGCUUUUUCUUUAUCCUGCACUUGUUCUUCUUCCUGGUUAGCCCUGCUCUUUCCAUUCACAUAGAAUAUACAGAAAGCCACAGUGAGUUCAGCUGUGAGCCCAUCAGACUGAGAAUGUGCCAGGAUCUGCCUUACAACACCACCUUUAUGCCCAAUCUCCUGAAUCACUAUGACCAGCAAACAGCUGCACUGGCUAUGGAGCCUUUUCAUCCAAUGGUAAACCUCGUGUGCAGUGUUGACUUGAGGAUGUUUCUAUGUGCACUGUAUGCUCCAGUGUGCACUGAGUAUGGCCGGAUGUCUAUGCCAUGUCGAUCCAUCUGCCAGAGAGCCAAGGAUGAGUGCCAUAAGCUCAUGGAGAUAUUUGGAGUGGCUUGGCCAGAGGACAUGGAGUGCAGCAGGUUCCCAGAUUGUAAUGAAGCCUAUCCUCGUCCAGAGGACCUGCAAACAGACUCUGCACUCUAUCCUCGCCCAGAGGACCCGCUAACAGGCUCUGAACCCAAUGACCAGUCGUCCAUGACUGUCCAAAGAGAUUAUGGUUUCUGGUGCCCCAGAGAGCUCAAGAUCGACCCAGACCUGGGUUACACCUUUAUGGGAAGGAAGGACUGUUCUGCUCCCUGCCCCUCUAUGUUCUUCAACCAGCAGGAGCUGACCUUCACCCGAUACUUCAUCGGAGUCAUUUCCAUUGUGUGUCUGUCUGCAACGCUCUUCACCUUCCUGACAUUCCUCAUUGAUGUUACAAGGUUUCGAUAUCCUGAGCGGCCAAUCAUCUUCUAUGCUGUGUGUUACGUCAUGGUGUCUCUGGGCUUCUUCCUUGGUUUCCUUCUGGAGGACAGAGUUGCAUGCAAUGCAGUCAGCCCCGCACAAUUCAGAGCGUCCACCAUCACACAGGGCUCUCAUAACAAGGCGUGCACGCUUUUCUUCAUGGUGCUGUAUUUCUUUACCAUGGCUGGCAGCGUGUGGUGGGUCAUACUGACAAUCACUUGGUUCCUGGCCGCUGUGCCUAAAUGGGGCAGUGAGGCCAUUGAGAAGAAAGCCCUCCUCUUCCAUGCUGUUGCCUGGGGCCUCCCAGGGGCCCUGACUGUCACUCUGUUGGCCUUGAAUAAAAUAGAAGGAGAUGGGAUCAGUGGAGUGUGUUUCAUAGGCCUGUAUGACAUCGAUGCCCUGCGGUGGUUUGUUCUGGCACCACUCUGCCUCAAUGUGGCGGUUGGCGUCUCGCUGCUUUUAGUGGGAAUUAUUGCUCUAAAUCAAGUACGAAUGGAGAUUCCUCUGGAGAAAGAAAACCAGGCCAAACUUGUCAAGUUCAUGAUUCGAAUGGGAGUAUUCUCUGUGCUCUACCUCGUCCCAUUGACCACCGUGAUUGGUUGUUACAUCUAUGAACACAACUAUCGGACGAUUUGGGAAACAACAUGGAUGGAAGAGAACUGCAGACGUUUUCACAUCCCCUGCCCAUACAAGGUUAAGCAGAGCGGUAAACCAGCCAUGGUUUUGUUCCUAAUUAAAUACCUGAUGAUGUUGGUGGUGGGGAUUCCCUCUGUUUUCUGGGUGGGCAGUAAGAAGACCUGUUUUGAAUGGGCCAGCUUCCUGCAUGGACGCAGACGCAAGAACAGUGGUGUGAAUGAGUCCCGACAGGUUCUGCAGGAGCAGCCGGACUUCACCCAGUCUCUGCUGCGUGAACCAAACACCCCCGUCAUCAGGAAAUCCAGAGGGACUUCCACUCAGGGCACCUCUACACAUGCUUCUUCAACCCACUUGGCAACUCUCGAUGACUUUGACGACCCACUGAGGGCUCACCACGGACACCCUGCCUCAGCCAGAAGCAAACCCAGCAGCAUCCACAGCAAGGCCAGCUACCACGGCAGCCUGCGCCGCAGCAGAGAUGACAGAAGCGAUUCUGCAGCGCACCGAGGUGCACAGGAGCGCAGUUUGCACGGCAGCAUGCCUCGUCUUGACCACCCGCUCUCUGCUCACAGCAGCCUGCAUCAGAUAGACAGCCACUCGAGGCGCAGCAGCCAGCGGGACGUUUCUGAGGCGCCGCACGCUCUCAUUACCCACGGAACGUCAGGGAGUGAGAGCCGAGCUGCUGAGAAUGACGGAACCAGCGCCUGAGGAGUCUCCAGGUUCACAGAAAGGGUUCUCCUCAGCAGAAACAGCUUGGUGUUCAGUGUACCAGUGAGUGUUGAUCCUGGACUCUGUGACCUGUGUGGCUUCAUGUUAACACUUCAGUGAAUGAGCAGUCUCUUCUACAUUAAGUUGGUCACUGUGUUCAAUCUGAUUACUUCACUCAACUGAAAAGAAGUAAUCCACGUCCUCAGACUGAGUUAAACUUUGAGGCGUUAUUCAGGGAAAGUGUUGGAAAACUAGAACUUUUCCUGGUCAGAAACCAGGAACUGACUAAAGGUUCUUAAGUUGUCAAUGCACUCCACUUUCAACUGGUUUCUUCUGGUGUGCUCUGCACCUUGUACUCCAGAUUGAAAAACUCAAUCAUCAAUUUUAUGGUGGUAAAUUCUCAUCCAGGACCCACGUGACUAUGAUGUAGAUUUGUAAACACUGCCGAGUAUUGCUUUAGUUACAAUCAGAAAUACUUCACUUUCACAGUAAUGCGUCUCCUGAAAGUGACUUGUUUGUUCUGGACUGCAGCUCUUAAUGUUUGUCUUUGCGUGACUUUGACACUUACAGGCCUGACCUGACAUUGUGGACCUCUGUUAAGUAAAAUAUUUUUUUAUACUGUGAAAGUUUUCAGCUGCUUAAAACGUUGUGUGUGCAUGUGAGAGAGAACUAUAAAUAUCAGCUGUUUUAAACUUUAUUUUUCUUGAAAGCAUCAAAGAGACGUGGAAAGAAAAAAAACUUAAUAUACACAGGUUGUUGUGAAUUGUUCCACACAACUAUCUGGAGAUCAGACAAAAUUAUUAUUGGACACUUUAGAAACCAGUAUGAUCAGUGUUUUAUUUCAAGAACCAGAGUAUUGUAUUACCCAGAUUCAGGAAUCUGUUGAACUUUGUAACUAAAAAGACGGAGGUGUUCAUUUAAACAUUUUUAAAGAGGCUAACAGGUUUUUUUGGACUUUUUUUUUUUUUUUUUUUUUUGGCGUGUUCUACACUGACCUGCUUCUGUACACUGUGCCCAAAGAGGUGCAGAAACCUGACGGUGAAAAGUUGUUCUGCUUGUAAAGUAAAUGUUACAGGAAGUGUAUAUUAUAAACGUUUGUUUGAGAUGUAAUUAACCUACCUCACCUGUACCCUCAGCCUUUUCUCUGACCUGCAGAUCCAUUACUGUCUGUUUCCUACAAAGUUAAGUCAUCAACUCAUAAGAAAACUGACAAUGUCUGACCCACAGCAGGUCAAGUUUACCUCUGUAACUUUCACUGCUGCCUCUGUCUAAACCAUAAUUGUCACUAUUGUGACAUUUUACUUUAAUUACCACAGAUUAAUAGCAGUUAACACUUUAGGAGAGCAGCACAAUGAGUUGACAGAUUCAUUCUGGUGAAUCUAGACUACUGUUCAUCUCCUAAUCACAACAACAUUUGUUCUGAGGUUUUUAUGGCCUAGUUUGUUUGUCUUCCUCUGUUGUACAUACAUUUUCUGUAGUGUGAUUCCUAAUCUGCCUUCUUUCUCUUCUACUGUACAUGAGCCCACAACGAGGUUUUCUUUGGACCUACAGCAACUGUCUGUACUUUCUCAUGACUGCUUUCCAGCAUUAACGGCUGUGCUUUUAUCUCUAAAUGAGACAUAAGAUGCUCAAAAAGAAAAGAAAAAAACGUGAACGUUAUAAAAACACAGCUCUUUGCUUUUUAACUUGUAAAAAUUUGUUUGCUUUAGUCGAUAAUAUUCAAUACUCAGCAGUGAGUGAGACACCUCAAAGUUGCAGCAACUUAAAAACAUGAGUUCAAUAACAUGGUGAAUUUUGAAGCGUGUACCUAAUUUAUUUGCAGUUUAGAACUGUAACCUUUUACAUGCAGCUUAAUAAACAUUUUGUAAACUUCA